CCCUCCUCCCCCGGGAAAGCGAAAGCUCGGCGGGCGGAAGCCGAGCCCUCCCCCCGGGCCGCGCCGGGGCCGCUCCGGGAACGCGCCGGGAACGCUCCGGGGUCGCCCGGGGGCCGCUCCGCGCCGGGGCCACCAUGGCUUCUUCCAUCGGCAACUUCUUCCGACGGAGCCUCCGGCGCCCCGGGCGCAGAGAAGGAAAGGAUGAGGCCUCUGCUGCAGAAAACAACCCCCCCCGGGUGCCCCAGGGGAAGGUGGGGGACAGGAGCUCCAUCCUCUGCUCUGGGCAGUUCUUCUUCGAGUACCUGGUGGUGGUGUCGCUCAAGAAGGUCUCAGAGGGACGCUACGAACCCAAAAUCUCCUACCAAUUCCCAAAGCGUGAGAACCUGCUGAAGGGCCAGAGGGAGGAGGAGGAACGUCUGCUCACAGCCAUCCCCCUCUUCUGCUUCCCCGACGGCAACAACUGGGCCCCUGUCACCGAGUUCCCGAGUGAAACCUUCUCGUUCGUGCUGACCAACGUGGACGGCAGCAGGAAGAUCGGGUACUGCCGGAGGCUGCUGCCCUCUGGCCGGGGGGUCCGGCUCCCAGAGGUCUUCUGCAUCAUCAGCUGCCUGGGCUGCUUCGGGCUCUUCUCCAAGAUCCUGGACGAGGUGGAGAAGCGGCGCCAGAUCUCCAUGGCCGUGAUCUACCCCUUCAUGCAGGGCCUGCGGGAAUCGCCCUUCCCGGCUCCCGGGAAAUCCGUCACCAUCAGGAGCUUCAUCCCCGAGUCGGGCACUGAGCUCAUCGAGCUCACCCGGCCCGUGGACGCCCGCCUGGAGCACGUGGAAUUCCAGGCUCUGCUCCAGCGGCUCAGCCCCGACCUCAUCCUGCACAUCUUUGCCUCGGCCGUGCUGGAGCGGAGGCUCAUCUUCCUGGCAGAGGAGCUCAGUGUCCUGUCCCAGUGUAUCCACGCCGUGGCUGCUCUGCUGUACCCCUUCACCUGGGCACACACCUACAUCCCCGUGGUCCCCGAGUGCCUCCUGGACACCGUCUGCUGCCCCACGCCCUUCAUGGUGGGCAUCCAGCUGCGGCACCUGGAGCGGGUCCUGGAGCAGCCCAUGGAGGAGGCCCUGAUGGUGGAUCUGUGCCAAGGGAAGAUCAUCCAGGCGGUGGGGGAUGAGGAGCAGAUCCUGCCCAUGAAGCUGCAGAACGAGAUGCUGACAGCCCUGACCAAGCACAACUACAACAACAACGUGCUCACCUCCGAGCAGGUGAACGCCCUCGUGUCCGAGGCCUUCCUGCACUUCUUCGUCCGCCUGGUCGGGCACUACCCCGCGCACAUCAAGUGGGGCCGGGGCGGCGCCGGCGCCUUCCAGGAGCGCUCCUUCUGCAAGGCCCCGGGCUCCAAGAGCUGCCGCCGCUUCCUCAAGAAAUUCGUGAGGACAAACAUGUUCUCCCUGUUCGUGGAGGAGGCGGAGAAGAGCAGGAUCCCCCCGGAAGCCCAUUUCCAGCAGAAAAUCACCGAGUACCAGGAGCAGAAGAAGCACCGAAGAGACUCCUGAGGCCCAGCUGGGAUCCGAGAGCAGGACUGGGACUGGGAUUGGGACACUGGAGGUGUGCCCUGUCCGAGGGCUGAGCAGCCUGGACUCAGGGGUUCUGGGGCUCCUGGGCAGCCCCAGCCCCAGCUCCCCCUCAUCCUCAGGGCACCAUUGCACUGGAAAACACGGAGCGAGCGCCAGGCCGGGAUCUCCCUCCUGGCUCUGCUCACUCCAGGCACUGACUGUGACUCCACAGGCUCAGCCCUUGUCCCAUCACACAGAGCCAGGACAAGGCUGCAGGGGCAUCAUCAGAGGGAAAAAUGGGACGAGUAGGAAGUGAAAGUCACCUCUCAUCAAACCCAACCAGGGGUUUGCAAACAAGGAACAUCCCCUUGAGUGAUUGCUGAGGUUUCUGUUAUCAGCAACUGUUUGAUUUGAUUUCCCAUCACACCCAGCUCGUCGUUCAGUCCCAGCAGGAGCAGGUGGGUGGGUUUAGUGGUUUCCUCUCUUGCACUGCUGCCACUUAGAGCCAAGUUUAGUUUUCUAAGGAAAGCAAAAUACUCUUUGCCAGGUUAUUUAUUUGUGCUGGAGCAAAACUGUGAAGGCCACGGGGCUGAGGGGGAAAGAGCUGAUCAACAGCCUGGGGGAGGGAGGUGGGAUUUGUUCAAUCCUGGAGUAAAACGUGUUGUUACCCCUUC